GAACCCUAGAUGAAGCUAUUCCUUGCGACAGGCCGGUCUGCUGAUCAGCGAGCAACGUUCGCCGGUGACCAAGCUGCUCGAGAACACCCAUACGAUAAGCCGACCUCUUCGCUUUGGGCUUCUCUAGCUGGGUCUUCGGUAUUGCUGUUCAUCAUCUGACAGUGAAGUAUCUGCUUUCAGAUAUCCUCAGAGGCAAAUAGAGUGAAAGAUGGAUUCGUCCCAACCUACUCGAUUCCCUGUCACGCACAAGUCCGUUUCUUUGGAUAUCAAGGGGAAUAAAACGGACAUUGUUAUCUGUAAGUAUGAUGACAAAUUUCUGGUCAUAGUAACCCAGAUCGGAUGCAUGGGGACCAUAUUGCAUGCUAGGAAGGAGGAAAGUGUAUCCACUGAGCCAACUUUCAGUGUUUCUGUCAUUUUUGGUAAAAGAGAUGAGCCAUGGCUUCUUGCCUGCGGUCGCCAAUUGAUUGAACAUAUAAGUUGCUCUGGCUCUUCUAGGCCUUUGGUGCUAUCUCUCGGGCUGAAGGACCAUUCUCCGGAAACUCUGAAGGAAAUCAUUGUAGCAGUCAUCGAGAAUUGCCUUUGGUAAUCAUCUAUUGCUAUUUGUGGUUAGCUAUUUUGUAGGGAUUCAGGGUGGCACCCCUACUCGAUAUCCAGCAACCUGCGAGCCAAUGUAUUUGUGUAAUACUUUGGUGAAAAUACGAAUAUCAUUUGAAGAUCAUGAUUUGUAGGAGGGAUGGACUUUAUUCUGAAACCCUUUCCAUACCAAAGUUUAUUCUGAAAGAAGUAUAUUUUCAGAAACUACUUUCGUAGGUAGCUUUGGUUUUUCUCAUGUUCAACUAAAUUGAACAAACAAAUACAACAUAUUAAUCAAAUUCUGAAUUUGAUUAAUAUGUUUUAACGUUCUGACAUUAUGGCAGAUAUUCAGGUGAGAUUUGAGUUGAAAAAUUCUUGCACUUGUCCUGGGUUCUUGUAUUUCUUUUCUCUGUCCUCUAAUGUACUUCUGACCACUUCAUCAAAGAAUAUAACUCAAAGGUCUUUUUCUAUG